AUAUAACAAACCCGAGCGCUGGACGACAAACUCAAAAAGAAAAAGUGCUCUGAGACUUGUGGUUGUUCCCUGGACUGAACGGACGUUUGAAAAACUAAGACUGAGCCUUUUGGAGAAUGUGUAGAGGAUUAGCUGCCUUGCCCCAGUCAUGCCUGGAAAGGGCUAAAGAGAUCAAGACCAAAUUGGGCACUCUGCUCCAGAAACCAGAGAAUGCCAUCGACCUCAUCAUCCCCUACCCGGAGAAGCCGGAGAAGAAGCCGGAAAAGCUUCAGAAGCCCACCCCGGAGGAAGCUUCUCAGUGGCGUGAAUCUCUGGACCGUGUGCUGAACAACGGCUAUGGUCUGGCCACCUUCAGGAGCUUCCUCAGGUCCGAGUUCAGCGAGGAGAACGUCGAGUUCUGGGCGGCCUGCGAGGACUUCAAGAAGACCAAGUCUCCCCCCAAGAUGGCCGACAAGGCCAAGAAGAUCUACGAGGACUUCAUCCAGACCGAGGGGCCGCGUGAGGUUAACAUCGACCAUUUCACCAAGGACGUGACCCUGAGAAACCUGGUCGACCUGUCCCCCGCGACCUUUGACCUGGCCCAGAAGAGGAUCUUCGCCCUCAUGGAGAAGGAUUCCUUCGGGCGUUUCCUGAGAUCCGAGCUGUACCAGGAGCUGCUGGAGAACUAAGGAGGAAGAGGAGGAGGAAGAGGAGGAGGAGAGCUGGGCCUUAUUCAGGAUCGGGCACCAUGUGCAACACUGCAGAUAUAGAAAUGUAGCUUUAUAGAACAGAUCCGGUUCUUUAUUUUUUAAAUAAACGAACCAGGUCUGCUCUGUUAUGUUUAUCAUCUGAGUGUUUUGAAGCUGCACCCUUUUGAAUAAGACCACAGCAGCCAAAUUCAAUACCAGUAAAACCAACAUUGCUUUGAAUUUUAAAUUAAUUAGACCAAGUCAGCUAUAGUGCAAUGGGACUGAUACUAGACUGAUUGGCUAAGCAGCAGGCUAAUUCUGUACGAGAUUCUAAACCAAAUUUAAAACUUAAACCUGAAUAGAAGAUAUUGACCCGACUGCCUGCAGCUGAAAAAAAUACCACUCAUAAUGUUUUGAUAUCAGUAGAGAUAACAGAUCUACUCCCCCAAAGAAGUCCAAAUGAAACUGACAAAACUAUGAAUUAAACUGUAACAUAAAUGGAAGUCUCUGAACAUCAAUUUAUUUUCAUAAGACAAACAAACCAAAAGUUCACCUCUUGCUUUCAAGUUUGUUCUUGGCCUCAAUUUCACGGCGCCAGUCUAAAAACAAAAGAAACCAAAAGCUCCAUGGCUUUUCCUAAGAACUAAGCGGUCAAGUGAUAUGUGACCUUCCUUGUCCAGUGGCCAUCAAAUGGUCUGUUAGAUUAGCAGAGUGCUUUCCAGGAAACAUAAAGAUUCACACAGACAUACGGUAAACAAUUAGAAAGAGCCAAGCAUUGAUGCAUUGAGCUGUUCCCAUAAACCACCAGAUCCUACAUUAAAUAUUGGGCAAUAAACAACCUCAAUGGUGAUGAUUAGGGUUGUGGGUCUAUUUCAGUGGUCGAGUAUAUGACUGUUGAUCAAGGUUGGUUCAAAAUCUCCCCUGUACGUUGCUUUAGAAAAUAGCUUCUGCUAAAUAAAAACAUGAAAAGUAUUUUUCCGAUUAGGACCGUGCCGGCUGAGGUUACUGUAGGAGACGGUUAGGGUUAGGGUUAGGGCUAGGGCUAGGGUUAGGGUUAUGUCUGGCAUUCUUUAUGGCCAUGCCUGGGAAUGAGGAAGGCUGGUUGGCUAAGUGGUCAGCUUCUCUAGGCUACCACUGCAUUGUAAGUUGCUACGAUGGGACAUCAAGCAGGAUGGAAUCUCUACAAGUGCACUCUGAAUUUCUUCUGGGAAAGUUUUUUUUAUUUUAAACUUCGUUAUUGUGUCCAGAAAGUUUAAACAUUUGUCCAAGUAGUCUUAAGACAUAAAUCCUCUUUUACUUCCCAAAUUUGGCUUGAUAGUGCCUGCAAAGUGGAAAACAAACUAAAUAAUUCCAAAUGUUGUCUUUGUCCACAAAACUAUUCAGGUGAUAAAAUGCCAUGGUCCCAACCCCAAGUAAAGAUGUUUAUGGACUUUAUUUAAUCACUUAUAUACCACAAUACUGCCUUUGUCUGCAUUCCUUAUUGUGACCUAGUAAGUGAUCACAAGCCUCAAUUAGAAAUGUCAGGAGUUUUGGCGUGCAGCAGUGUUUCACUAAAACGUCUCCACUCAGCAGUUAAUCAUUAUGUGUGAAUCUAUCUACUCUGGCAUGCUUUAUACUGACACGCAUCUGUUGUAGCAUAAUACGAACACAUUAUUACUUCAGACGUGGUACUUAAAAAAUCCUAAUUGUUGCAUGUAACACUUCAGGUCUGCAGUUGAUUUAUGUCAUGCAUAUUCAAAAACAAAACGUCAUAUUUUGAGUUUUAAGAUGAUUUGGUUUCAAUGUGGCAUGCACAAGGGUUUGCAGUGGCAUAGAUCGGCCAAUCUAGAGCUAUAGCAUUGCCUUCCAUAUCAGAUGGGUUUUCAAAACUAAACGAAGAAAAUAAUCAAUGAGGAUUUCUUUAGUGCCGGCUGGUUACUGGACAGUCUCUGCAUGUAUCUUACCUGUAGUCGAUCACAUAAAACGCAUCAAUACAUUAAA